AUGGCAGAGAACCGGCGCGGCUGUUUGGAAGAUGGACUGCGGCGGUAUCAUGAGCAACCUGUCAGUCAGCACACGACACAGUGGCUCGACCAAUGGAUCCGUAACACGCAGCACCGCACCAAUUCCGUCGUUUUGGCGCCGCUUAUGGACAGUUCCGAUGAUUGGGGCCGGUUAAGGGAACAAGGUUAUGCGGGGGAUGAUUUGCUUAAAUUUUGCGAUCCCCUGCGGAAAGCAAGGCUGAGCCAACACUUAGUGUGUGCGCUAGUGUACGAUCGAGAGAUAGCAGCGCUAGUGGAAGGGGUUCCAGCGGCUACGCGCGCGUCCGAGAAGCUUCGAUCACAUAUCAACCUACUGAGCACGAAUGCUUUGUACAGGAAGGCGUAUUACUCGUCCGCCAGCGUGGCUGACUGGGCGGAAAUUGAGCGGUUUUUCUCCUCAGGGCUCACCCGUCCUGCGGCGGCAUUUCUCCUCCAGUACUAA